AUGAUAUUCUCACAUUACAUCUUACAGAUAAUUGUAUCAUACCUUGAAUGUAAUGUGGAUAGAAUAUGUUUAACAUUAAUUUGUAAACGAUUGUAUACAGAUAGGAACAAGUACUUGACAUUCAAAGAACCUGUACGUUCCAAACUACUAAAGAUCAAGUCAUACAAUGAGAUACAAGUCAUUCUCAAUGAUGAUCAUGCCUCCAAGUUGCCAAAGAAUGAAUACUUGUACAUUAAGAAGGAUCCAUUGAGUUAUGGAUGUAUACCAAGUGGAAUGACAAAGUUAUGCUUGGCACAGUCGUAUAAUUUGGAUAUUGUGCCAGGUGCAAUUCCUUCGACAAUCACUCAUUUGUUCUUUGGCGAGGAGUUCAAUCGAUCGUUGAACUAUGGUGCAAUCCCAUCGACUGUUACACAUGUAGUGUUUGGCAAACGAUUCAAUAAGGAGAUUAACUUUGGACAUGUGCCUGAGGGCGUCAUCGUGUUGGCCUUGGGUUCAGGCUUCACUCGUCGACUCAUGCCUGGCGUGCUGCCCUUCUCCCUCCAGCGUCUGUUCCUUGGUGAUGGCUACAAUCACAUGUUGGAGCGUGGCACUGUGCCACCAAACGUCCAGCAGCUCACAUUUGGCAAUCACUUCAAUCAACCGAUUGUGCCAGGGAUGCUACCAGAAGACCUCACUCACAUAGUGUUUGGCCAACACAUACACUCGGCCUCAUUCGAGUCGUCUGGGCUGGACCCCGCCAGCAGCUUCAAUCAGAUCGACCUGACACACUACAACGAGCUGCACUCACAGUACACAAGUCACGAGUUUGCUAUGGAGAACUCGUUUGACCAGCCCCUGUCGGGCAGUCUCGGCGACUCUGUCACCUAUCUCAAGCUCGGCUACCGUUUCAAUCAGCCGCUCACUACCAACACGCUGCCAAAGAACGUGCGGCACUUGACCUUUGGUGACAGGUUCGAUCAGCCGAUUGGACGCGAUGUGUUGCCAGACACCAUCACUCAUCUUACGUUUGGUGACGCCUUCAAUCAGUCACUGCACGCGGGUCGCAUCCCAAAGGGCGUUACUCAUCUGGUGUUUGGUGCCAACUUCAACUCGCGAAUCGAGAUCGGCUCGUUCCCCGAGUCGUUAGCCGCUCUAGUCUUUGGACAGCGCUUCAAUCAGGCCAUACCCGUUGGAAUCAUUCCCGAGUCGGUCACAUUACUCAAGCUGGGCACAUGCUUCAGGCAGGUGGUCAAUCGCGAGCAGAUACCAUCAGUGACACACUUCAUUCUGCCAUACCAUCGUUUGUCGCCAUCAUUCAAGUUGCCACCAAACAUGACCAAUAUCAUUAUGGACUGCAGUAAUGAAUUCUAUCGAAUCAGACGCAUAAGUGAUCAAGUUGCACUCGUACUCAAGGAUACACUACAAGGUGGAUUCAUGCCAUUCGAUCAAGUAUUAAGUAUAAUCAAUGGUAGUCACAAGUUCAACGUCAACAACAACAACAACAGCAAGACUACCAGCAGUAGUAGUAGUUCAUCAAGUAACGAUAGUAUCACAAGCAGCAGCAAGUCCAAGAAUAGUAAUAAUAGUAGUAAUACCAAUAGAGUAAGAAGUGAUAGUAAUAGUGGAGGUAAUAGUGCAUGGAUGGUAAUCAAUCAUGCAGUGACAUUAGCCACUCAACUAUGUGCCAAUGUAGCAUCAGCAGUUACCAAGUCCCCAGUGCCAUGA